AUGAUCAUGUUAGUUUCAUUUCUAGCUAUGGCUAUCACACUCAUUCUUUCCUUAUUCCUAUAUGCUUUUUACCAAACACUAUAUCUCAAAACUCCUGCUUUCACAAACUGGCCUUUUGUUGGUAUGCUACCAAGAUUUCUUUGGAACGUUUCACGUAUUCAUGAAUUUUCAGCUCAAUUUUUGAAAGCAAAAGGUGGCACAGUUGAGUUCUUAGGACCUUGGUUUACCAAUAUGAAAGCUGUAAUCACAGCUGAUCCACAGAAUGUUCACCAUAUUAUGAGCAAGAGUUUCGACAACUUUGUGAAAGGUGAUUUGUUUCGCGAAAUGUUUCAAGCUUUUGGUGAAGGUAUUUUCACUACCGAUUCAAUUCAAUGGAAAUACCAUAGGAAUCUUCUUCAAUAUCUUUUCAAACAAAGGAGCUUUGAAGCUUUUCAAGAGAAAGUCAUUCACAACAAAGUUGAGAAAUCAUUGAUUCCACUACUCAAUCAUGUUCAUCAACUAGGGUUGAUGGUAGAUUUACAAGAUAUUUUCAAUCGUUUCACGUUUGAUAAUAUUUGUUUGAUAGUUCUUGGAAAUGAUCCGAAUUGUCUUUCCAUAGAUUUUCCUGAAAUCGCGGUUGAGAAGGCUUUUAACCAAGCUGAAGAAUCCAUCUUCUAUAGACACACUGUCCCGGGGUUCGUUUGGAGAUUGCAAAGAUGGCUUCAAAUCGGGGAAGAGAAAAAAAUGACCGAGGCAUGCAAGGUAUUUGACAAAUUUCUAUAUGAUUGUAUAGCUUCAAAGCGCGAAGAGCUCUUGAAAAAUUGUAACAAAAAUGAAAAUGAUGCUCAAACUGAGAAAAAUCAUCAUGUUGAUUUGAUAACAGCUAUGAUCGGAGAAGAAAAAUCAAAGGACAAUGACAAGUUUCUAAGAGAUUCUGCAUUCAAUCUCUUUGUAGCUGGGAGAGAUACUAUAACAUCGGCGCUUACAUGGUUAUUUUAUCUCAUUGCUACACAUCCUUUAGUGGAAGCAAAGAUUCUCGAAGAGAUAAAAGAAAACUUUGGACACAAAGAGAAGCCUUGGGUUUUAAGUGUCGACGAGACGAAGAAGCUUGUUUAUCUUCAUGGUGCUAUAUGUGAGGCGUUAAGGCUUUUUCCACCGGUACCCUUUGAGCGAAAGGAAGCGAUUAAAGCCGAUAUACUUCCGAGUGGUCAUCAUGUUCAUCCUAAUAAAAUGAUAUUCUUUUCUUUAUAUGCAAUGGGGAGGUUUGAAGAUAUUUGGGGAAAAGAUUGCUUGGAGUUCAAGCCAGAGAGGUGGAUUUCUGAAAGAGGAGGCAAUGUUUAUGUUCCAUCUUACAAAUUCUUUAGCUUUAAUGCUGGGCCUAGGACUUGUUUGGGAAGAGACUUGGCUUUCCUUCAAGUUAAGAUGGUGACUGCUUCUAUUUUGUGGAACUAUUGUGUUCAUGUUGUGCAAGGUACUUGUGUCACUCCAAGCCUUUCAAUUGUACUUCUCACAAAAGAAGGUCUCAAGGUUAAGAUAACAAAAAGAGAAAAUUAG